UAUACAACGCUCGCACCCACAAUGUUCGCACCUUCGUGUCUCCGUCCUGCAAGGGCCUUCACCACGCGCUUCAAUCCGGCCAUCCUAGCAGUUCCCUCCACCACCACCGCAGCUCCGUUCUCCACUACCUCCUCACCGACGACCUCACCACGGACUCCCGCGAAACCCGCCACACGCCCAGCACCCCUCUCCAACGCUCUCUUCCAACCCGCGCUCCUCCGCGCCGCCUCAACAACAUCCCAACCCUCGUCCUCGCCCUCCCCCGCCGCCGGCGGAAACACGCCCACAAAACUCACAUGGAACGACUUCCUCGCGCUCCGGCGCACGCGCCGCAAGAUCAAUGUCGUGGCUUCUGGCUUUACCUCUGUGGCGACGCUGUACAGUGGCCUCCGUGUCUUCAUCGAGCAAGGCUGGGACGCGACGCUGUCUGCGUCUGUGGGCAUCGAUCCGCUCAUGGUGACGGGCAUCUCUAGUUUCGCCAUGCUGGCUGCGGGAUGGCUUUUGGGACCGGUGUUUGGGGGCGCUGUGUUCAAUAUGCGGUAUCGCGGCAUUAGGGGGGAGAUUAUGGACAAAGAGCGCGAGUUCUUCAACCGCAUCAAAUCGCACCGCGUCGACCCCACUUCCUCGUCCAUGAACAACCCCGUCCCCGACUACUACGGCGAGAAGAUUGGCAGCUUGGCCGAUUACCGACGCUGGCUCAAGGAUCAGCGCGCGUUCAAGCUCAAGCGGGGCGCUUAUGUGCCUAGCAAGUAG